AUUUAAAUUUCCAAAGAAACCUUUCACUUCCCCCCAUUUCCUCUCACUGUUUAUCUACCAAUCUCAUUUCCCCACCACACAAACCCUACCAAAACCCUAACCCUAAAAACUCUGUAGUCUCCGACCACCACCGCAACCACCGAUAUGGCCAAAAAGAAACCGACCCAUCAAACUCGCGACUCCAAAAAACAAAGCCCACCAGACCAUUCCGCCAUGGAAGAUCUCGAAGAACAGCUUCAAAACUUGAGAACUUUGAACGACAUGCUGCUUAAAGAUACCAUUGAACACAGACAGAAAAUUGAUUCUUUGACACGCGCUCAAGAAGUGUUGGAUAGUCAGUUGGUUGUGAUGGGUACUGAGAAGAUGGAUCUUGAAAAUAAGCUGAGUGUCGAUAGUGAAGAGAGACUGAGAUUGGAGAUAGAGAAGGGUUUGUUCGGGGUUUUUGUCCAGACCCAGAUGGUUAAUGUGGGUAUUAUUGUUGAGAAGAAAGAACAUGAAAUUGAGUUCUUGAAAAAUAAGGUUAAUGAAUUGAUUUUCACUGUUGAAAGCGAGCGAAAGAAAUUGAGUUUGGCGGCUAGAGAGAGGGAUGUGUUACGUGAUGAUGUCGACAAGUGGAAGAAGGUGACGAAUGAGUUGAUGCAGGUUAGGUCUGAUUUGGAGGAUCGGGAGAUGGUUUUUAAGGAGGAAAUCAAGAAAUUGGAGGCGCGUUGUAGUUUCUUGGUGAAGCAAAAUCAGGAGAUUGAGAUGCAAUGUAAUGUAGCUAAGAUGGAAAAGAAUGAGAUUGAAAGGGAGAGAGAUGAUCAAAAGGUUGUGAUCAGUGACUUGGAGAGACGUGUGUCUUUCUCGGAUGGGGUCAUAGGGAGUCUGCGUGAGGAAGCGGAUGUUUCGAGCGAAAAAUUCUUGGAGUUGGAGAUGAGCUAUGGUGCGGAACAAGCGAAGGGGAAGGUGCUGUCAAUGCAGAUUGAUGAUUUGGUGAAACAGAAGAAUGAUAUGAAGAAAAUUAUGGGGAAGUUAAUGCUGCAAACAGAGUCUAGUGAUGGACUUAUUGAGAGUUUGAAUCGUGAAAUGAAGGAUAAAAUUGGUUUGAUUGAGAAGUUGUUUAGCGAGAAGAAAGAGAUUGAGGAUGUGAAAGAUGUGAAAGAGAGUGAGAUUGUCAAUUUGCAGAAGGAUUUGGGUGGAUUAAAGGAUGAUGUGGCUGCAAUGAAAGAGUCGAUCAAAGAUCAAGAAGACAAGAACAAGCAAUUGGCAACAGAAGCUCGUCGUUAUAAAGAUGAAUUCGAGAAAGCGUGUCUUGAGAGUGAUAAUGUUCAAAGGAGUUUGGAUGAGGAACAGAGGAAUGUCACUAGCUUGAGAAUUAGAGUUUUGGAAAUGGAGAAGAGGAUCGAAGAGACCGGCAAAGAGGUUGCAAAGAUGAAAAACAAGCCUGAAAAUCUGUUGGAGUUGAAGGAAGAAAAAUUUGAUGGAGAAAUUGAACCAUAUGCAGCAGAAUUGGAAGGAAUUAAGAAUGCAUUUAGAAACAAGGAGAGUUUAGUAGAGGAGAUGAAACAACAAAUGAACAUUCUACAGAAUUCUGAGGCAGAGGCGCGUAAGAGGACAGGCUUAUGGACUAUAGUUUCUUCAGCAACAACAUUUUUGGCUGCAGCCUCUCUUGCCUAUGCUGCUAAAAUUCGUUAAGAGCCGUUGUUUUUUGGUGACAUUGUGCUUCUGGUUAGAGUUGCUUUUGGCUAUUGAUUAAGUAUUGCUUAAUCUUGUUGAGGUUAACACUCUCAUUUUGGAUACUCUUAGGAAACUUUGGCUUUAGAUAAUAAUGUUUUUCACUUGAAAUUGUCACAUCUGAUGUAGCUUUUAACUGCUUUUUGACUGUGUUUAGAAUGAAUCUAUAUACUCAUGUUUUCCGUC